AUGUCCUACAAACCGCCACCUUCAACAACAAAAGCCUUCAAUAUUUUUCUCAUCUUAUUCUCUCUAACCCUCAUUUUUCUCACCAUAAUAUACCAUGAAAAACUUCAAGAGACUUGUGUUACUCAAUUCCAAAUCGAAUCUCAACAUAUGACCUUUCCUAGACAUAUCACAAAACCUAGAUGGUACGAAUUUGUGGCAAAAAAGUUAAAUAACCAAAGGAUGAAAAUCGGUAUAGUUCAUACAAAUGACUAUUACAAUGAAAGCACGAUAUAUGAAGAUGCAGAGACGGUAGACAUACAUUUUAAACGCGUUGCAAAGAACAUACAAUGGAGUGACUUGUUUCCGCUUUGGAUUGAAGAAAGUUUACCAAGGGAUUCACAACCUUGCCCGGAAAUCCCAAUGCCAAGGUUUGACGAAUACGAUGAUUUAGACUUGAUCGUUGCUAGGGAUCCAUGUGGAUCAGGAGUAGAGAACAGAACUUUUGAGGAUGUUAUUAGGUUACAAAUUAACCUAGUUGUUGCUGACCUUUUGGUGAGAAAUGGCUUAAAGAAUCUUGAAAGCGAUCCACCAGUUUAUGUUGUGUUCAUUGGCAGCUGCAGUCCAAUGAGGGAAUUGUUUAGAUGUGAGGAUCUACUGUGGGCAACAACUGUUGGAUGCUUGGGCUUCCACGAACCUGCCUGUGAAGGAGGACUUCCCCUAAAUUUAUUUCUUCUGGGGCCAACUGGAGUUGCUUCCACUUUGGAUGCUUGGGCUUCCAUGAACCAGCCUGUGAAGGAGGACUCCUCCUAA